AACCGAAUUAUCAUCUUUAGAAUUCCUAUUACUUUUAUCGUUUUAUUGUCCUCUCACGCGGCGGUAGAGGGUGGGGGAGGGGCGGUUAACUCGAGACGCCGUUACAACACUUUCUCGACACCCCAUUGGCCGAGGGCAGCGUGACGUCACCUGUUGCCAACCUUCUCUCGCCUUCUACCCUCUUCUCCUUCCGCCUCGCAUCCCAGACUCCGCCCACCUUCCUGCUGUAGCUCCCGUCCUUCCCUGAUGUCCAGGCCCCGCCCAGACCUGACGUAACCGAAGCUAUAUAAUCUGGAGCUGUUGUCGCGGCCGCCAUUCCAGGCUCAGCCAUCAGGUCCCCUUGCUGACUGCAACGAAUUCACUGGGCUCUCCACGUCGCCACAGUCACUGGACAAUAGUUAACGAUUUAAUGACCUGAGAUCCCCAAGAAGCGACCUGUUGUGUUUUUUUUGGAUGAGAGUUCAAGAUCAAUAUGGCAUAAAGGAAACCUCUUCAUACACCUUCAGCAUACAUCUCCCCCCCCUUUCUCCUCCUGUAAUCUGACUUGGGUUUUAUAAUAUAUAUAUUUAGAGAGCUAUAUAAAUAAUCUCCCUGAGGCCAACAGGGAAGCUGUUGUAGUAUUACUUUAAUUGGUGAUAAUAAUAAUAAAAAAAUAUAUACAUAUAAUCUUUCCUUGGAAAGACCUUUAUAUCCUCUUAAAAUUCAGAUUUCUCAUAUGUAUAUAUACUAGUGCUCAACUCUAAAGGAUGCAGUGUUACGGUUCUUCCAUGUAGGAACUGUUGGACAGCUUUCCUCGCAAUAGGAAUGAAAUACGCCCUUUCCUAAAAUGGCCACCACAGUCUUUUUUGUGUGGUCAUAGAGCCAAGUCACAUUGUCCACUGUACAGAGGAUAUAUAGCUCCCCCCCUCCCCUCUUUUCUUUUCUCUUCUAAUUUUUAGCCCAAUUCCUACGUACGAAGCGCUGAAGGAGAAUUUUGGAUAAACCCUGCUGCCAUGGGCCCAGGACCUGUAGACCCCCUUGAGCUUCUUAAGGGGUUGGAUAGUUAUUUGGGACAAGAUGGGGAAGUCAAGGCUCUUGAUGGAAUGACAAAGAUUUUCACUCUCAUGAAAGAGUCCCGAAAGAUGGUGAACCGCUGCGUCUAUUUGAAUGUCGUACUCCAAACACAUGCUCCUGAGGUUCUAUCCAAGUUUAUCCGUGUUGGAGGAUACAGGCUACUUAAUAACUGGCUAACUUAUGCCCGAACCAAUAACAACAGCCCACUCCUGCACCAGAUUCUUCUCACCCUUCAGCAUUUGCCACUCACUGUGGACCACCUCAAACAGAAUAAUACAGCCAAGCUUGUAAAACAGCUCAGCAAGACUAGCGAGGAUGAAGAGCUUCGGAAGUUAGCUGGAAUUCUAGUUUGUGAUUGGAUGGCUGUUAUCAGGUCCCAGAGCAAUAUACUGAUUCCUGAGAAGGACAAGAAAAAGAAGAAAGAUGACUCCAAAGGCAGGUCACCCGUGCCUGACAAGAACACAGAGGCCAAGGCUGAAUCUAGAGUAGAGGAUCAAGGAGAUAAAAAAAGAGAGAAGCCCAAGGCUCCACGCACUACAGCCCCCAGCCACGCCAAGUUCAGAUCCACAGGUCUGGAAGUAGAAGCCCCAUCCCUUGCUCCAGCCAAGAAACCACCACCCAUUCCAGUCAUAUCGGACAAAUACUUGAAGCCAAUCCCUGUGAAGAGGCAGAGCUCAAUUCCAGUAACCACUGAUGCAGCUCCUGCUGAAAAGAAAUAUAAACCACUCAACACAACUCCAAAUACUAACAAAGAGAUCAAAGUCAAGAUCAUUCCACCACAACCCAUGGAGAGCUUGGGAUUUUUGGACGCACUGAAUUCUGCCCCCAUUACUGGACUGAAGAUUAAAAAGAAAAAGAAAGCGGUUUCUCCCACCAGUAACAAGUCAAGUCCUUUUGACAGCAAGACUCCAGGUGAUACCAACAAUAUCACCAAACCGUUAUCUCCAGAGGCUGAACCUCCAGUAGAAACCAUGGAAGUGGAGAGACCAGGAACCCCAGUACCUGCCAUUGAACUUCCCGAACCUAUGGAAACAUCUGCCCCUCCUGCUCCUGCAUCUUCUGAAGUUAAACCCACUGAAGCAGAGGCUCCCCAACUUACCAAGAAAGGGAAAAAGAAGAAAACUGUCACCUGGCAAGAGGAGAGUCGUCUUAGGGAGUACUUCUACUUUGAGUUGGAUGAGACUGAGAGAGUUAAUGUAAAUAAGAUUAAGGAUUUCGGAGAAGCAGCCAAGCAAGAGAUGCUUAAGGACCGACAGGCUUUCCAGACAGCUCGCCGGCUUAGUCAUGACGCUAUGGAGGAAACUAUUCCUUGGUAUCCCCCACGACCCCUUUUCCUCCCAGGAGCCCUUGUACAAGUUGGUAGCAACAGCACAGAAAAACACACUCAGGCAGAGCGGGAGAUGGGCAUUCUGCAAGAAAUCUUUCUUUCCAAGGAGAGCGUUCCUGACACUCCACAUGAGCCUGAUCCUGAGCCAUAUGAGCCAUCACCACCUAAACUUAUACCUUUGGAUGAGGAAUGCAACAUGGAUGAUGGUGUGUAUGUCGAACCCAUGGACCAGAGUGGGGCAUCCCAGUCACCAGACAUAGGAAGUGGUGCAAAGCUGCCCCCAGUCCUUGCCAACCUGAUGGGCAGCAUGGGAAAUACAAAAACACAGCCCAAUGCUUUGCCAGGCACUAUGCAGGAGAUCCUUACAUCAAUAAUGGGAGCACAGGGUAAUGCAAAACCGGAAGACCUAAUGAAGCAGCCAGAUUUCUCCGAUAAGAUCAAACAGCUGCUGGGAACCUUACAGAAUCAAACUCAGAACCAGGCGCCGCCAGGGCCCCCUGCACAAGGAUUGUUGGUGCCAUUGCCUGCCAAUAAUGGUUUUCCACCCCCUGCUCCAAAGAAUCCACAACAGCAGCCACCACCUCCUCACCAUCCACCACCUCAAAACUACCCCCCUCCUGGCCCUCCCGGACCCUUUCCAGGUCCGGGUCCACAUGGUCCCCCAGGUGGCCCUCGCAUGAUGGGGCCUCCACCUCCGCAACGGGAUGGUUAUUGGGAACCUCCACCUAAUGAAAACAUGAGAGGUGGAGGGCCCCAUGGUGGAGGUGGCAUGAGAGGAGGGGACAGAGGCCCUCCUCCACCCCCCUUUCACAGAAACAGAGGAGGCAGAGGAGGAGAACAAGGCUACAGAGGUAGGGGUGGCCGGGGAGGCGACAGAGGACCUCCUGGAGGAGGAAGAAACGGGCCUCAUGGUAUGGGACAUGGACCAGAACACCGGGGUCAUGGAGGAGAGCAUAGGGAACAUGGAGGGGAACACAGAGGCCAUGGAGAACAUAGAGGCCACAGAGGCGAACAUAGAGGACAUGGAGACCAUAGAGGGCAUGGCCAUGGAGACAUGUCUGGUCGCCCUGUGUGUCGACAUUUCAUGAUGAAGGGAAACUGCCGCUAUGAAAAUAACUGUGCCUUUUACCAUCCUGGCAUCAAUGGACCCCACCUCUAAUAGAUCCUGAUCUAAACCACCGUUUUGUUUCAGGAGAGGCAACAAACUGUUGAGGACAAUCUGUUUUGCUUUUUAAUAUGGCUUCUGUGAGGCCCUCAAUCUUUCCUUCACCCCAACAAGUUUUGGGAAAGGUGCAGAUGGACACUACCCUACCCCAUGAUCUUCAGAUCUGUUUGACUUGAAGAGCCUUUGCUUACCUGAACUCCUUAUUAAGGAUCCAGGACAAAUGUGGUAUUCUUAUUUAUUCCGUUCACAAUACCCUAAGAUAUGUAUGUUCAUUUGUAUUGGGACUGUUAUCUAAUGCCGCAGUGUUUUGGUGGCAUACAGCUCGAAGUGGGGAACUUGGUGAAUUUGCAAUAUUCAAGUGAAGCAUAAUUGUGAUGGAGCAUCUGACUUUUUUUUUUUGUUGUUCCUCUUUCCAAAUUUUAUUGUCCCCUGUCAUCCAUUUUGCACUGUCCUCAAGGUAUCUUUUUUUUGUUUUUUGGUGUUUUCUCUUUGAAACACCAACCCUUUGAAACACAACUAAAAUGUCCAUUAGUCUCCAGCUCUGAUUACCACUAUGCCCCUGCCUCAUCUCCCUUGAUACGGACUGGCUGCUUACACGCCACAAGUUACCCUACAAGCUUCCGAAUUUCCUUUUAAACACUACACCUUCAUACAUCCCCUCAUGCAAGCUAUGGGUUAUUCAUUGAACAUGUCAAUUUGUAUUAAUGAUGCUGUUAUUCUAUUCAGUACUGAAGAAUCAUGACCUCUACAAGGAGGCAGAGUAUCCUUGCUCUGAUAAUGGACAAGGCUGUGACGUAUAAUUAUGCUUAAUGUCUAUUUGCCGGCAAUGAACUCUGUUAAGCAUAUAUGCAGUUGCAGCUGAAUUGAAUGUUAAGUGAAUGUGUUGAACUUUGUAUGUUGCAAUCACCACCAAAUUAUUUUUUUCACUCCACUCCUGCCGAAAAGAAGUUUAAUUACAGUAUUAAUAGGGGAAUCUUGAACCUUUUUGUAUCAGACACUGCAGUGUAUAGGAUGGCUCAGAUUCCUAUCCACUAAGAUUGUUUUCUGUGAAAACUGUCCUGAGAAGAAUAUAUUGUAUUUUUUUUAAGCAUUUGUUCUUUUUAUGAGUUCCUGGAGGGACUUGUUUUUUUUGUUUUCUUUUGUAUACUUUGUAAAUGUUAAUAAACCUGGUGAAAAGGUG